CUUCGCGCCUCCGCCUCGUACUCUCGUCGUUCACUUCCAUCGAUACCAUUAGAGCGGUAUAGUGUACUGUGGUCGUCGUUAAAUUAACACUUCGACCAUGGUGAACGGACGCAUACCUUCAGUCUUUUCCAAGACCUAUGUAACACCCAGAAGACCAUAUGAAAAGGCCCGUCUUGACCAGGAGUUAAGGACCAUUGGUGAAUAUGGUCUUCGCAACAAACGUGAAGUGUGGAGAGUCAAGUACACCCUUGCCAAAAUCCGAAAAGCUGCUCGUGAGCUGCUGACACUGGAGGAGAAGGAUCCCAAGCGUCUUUUUGAGGGUAAUGCCCUUUUGAGAAGGCUGGUAAGGAUUGGUGUGCUUGAUGAAGGCCGCAUGAAGCUCGAUUACGUGUUGGGCUUGAAAAUUGAGGACUUCUUGGAAAGACGUCUUCAGACUCAAGUUUUCAAACUCGGCUUGGCCAAAUCCAUCCACCACGCUCGUGUACUCAUCCGACAGAGACAUAUUCGCGUUCGCAAACAAGUGGUGAACAUUCCAUCAUUCAUUGUCCGCCUGGACUCUCAAAAACACAUCGACUUCUCGCUGAAGUCGCCCUUCGGUGGUGGCCGUCCUGGCCGUGUUAAGAGGAGAAAUCUACGCAAGGGAACUGGUGCUGCCGCUGCCGAGGAGGACGAAGAUUAAUUUAUACGUUUAUGAACAGGAGUUAUGUUCAAGUAAAAUAAAGUGAAAGUCUUUUAAAA